UUGUUAGAACAUGAAGCAUUACUUAUUGUUGGACAAACAAUUCCAAUAGAAAAUUUGGAAUAGAACUUUAAUCAGUUUUCAUUCGGAAUCAAACUUCGAACACUUUUUAUUUUGAAAGUAAAAUUUAUACAAUUCCUCUUGAAAAUUCAUAUGCCUGAUGGGAAUUAAUGCUCACCAUGGAAGUCAACUCCUAAGAGUCUUCCAUUCGGGGCCAUUAGCUUGUUGAUUAGGGGCUUAAUUUAGUUGCCAUUGGCAUUGUAUGAUCAGAACUGGAAAUCAAGCAUCAUGGCUUGUUCCCUUUGGCUAGAACAAUUCAUCCUUUCAGCCAUUGUUAUGCUCAUUAUCUCUCCCAAGAUCACGGCCCAACAACCCACAUACCGCUACCACAUCUGCACAAACACCUCAACUUUCACUCCCAAUUCUGCCUUCCCGAAAAACCUCAAUGCUACUCUCUCUUCUCUCCUCUCAAAUGCCACCCUCUCCAAUGGAUUUUACAACACCAGCAGUGGUGCCCUGCAGGGCCCUGAUGCAGCCAAUGGCCUCUUUCUUUGCAGAGGAGACAUCUCUUCUAGUUUAUGCCAAAUUUGUGUCAAGGCCUCUUGUGAAAAUAUCAUAACCCUUUGUCCAAACCAGAAGGAGGCCAUUAUAUGGUAUGAUGAGUGCAUGUUGAGAUACUCAAACAGAUCCAUUUUUGCAGAUAUGGAAGAACAGCCUGGUGUUUAUCUGUGGAACAUAAACAAUGCUUCAAAUCCAAGUCAGUUUAAUGAGGCUUUGGGUGAUUUGAUGGGCAGUUUGGAGAAUAAGGCUGUGGGUUCUAGCAAAUUUUUUGCAACUGAAGAUGUUAGUUUGACAACUUUUAGUAGGCUAUAUGGACUGGUGCAAUGCACUCCUGACAUUUUUCCAUUAGACUGCAGGACGUGUUUGGCUAAUUGUGUUAGGGAGAUUCCUAGUUGUUGUAAUGGGAAGCAAGGAGGUCGAGUUUAUAAGCCCAGCUGCAACAUCAGGUUUGAAGUUGCCCCCUUUUACACUGAGGCCUCUCAACCACCGCCUUCUCCUUCUACAAACGCCACUCCUCCAUCAUCACCUUCACCUUCACCACCACCAGCAACGUUGACAAAUUCCGGAGGAAAUAGGAAGAUCUCCUCGGAGACAAUUAUCACAAUUACAGUCCCUGCAGCCGUUGUUUUCAUAAUAAUUUUAUCCGCUUCAUGCUACUGCCUCCUCAGAAGAAAAGAGUACCAAAUUGCAAAUGAGGGAAAUGGUGGAAAUGAAAUUUCAGUGGUGGAAUCUUUACAAUUUGACUUGCAUUCCAUUCUUGCCGCCACAUGCAAUUUCUCUGAAGGAAACAAGAUUGGUGAGGGUGGAUUUGGCAGUGUGUACAAGGGUACACUGCAUAAUGGACAGAUGGUAGCUAUUAAGAGGCAAUCAGAAAGCUCAGGUCAAGGUUUAGAAGAAUUCAAGAAUGAGGUUGCCUUGGUAGCCAAGCUUCAGCACAGAAAUUUAGUGAGGUUACUGGGAUUUUGUGCUGAAGAAGGGGAGAAAAUACUUGUCUAUGAAUUUGUGUCCAACAAAAGCCUUGAUUACUUCCUUUUUGAUCUUGAAAAACAACGACAAUUGGAUUGGUUAAUGCGAUGCAAGAUUAUAGGAGGAAUUGCUCGAGGACUCCUAUAUCUUCAUGAGGAUUCUAGGCUCAGGAUUAUACAUCGUGACCUCAAAGCUAGUAAUGUUCUGUUGAAUGAGGAUAUGAACCCAAAGAUAGCAGAUUUUGGCAUGGCAAGGAUUUGUGGGGUGGAUCAAAGUCAAGGAAAUACAAACAGAAUUGUUGGCACAUAG